GGCGAGGGGACAGUUCGGCUCUCCGCCGCCCAGUGCCGCCCGCCAGAGACUGUCCUGCCAGGCCAUGCCUCCAUGGGCAGCCGUCCUCGCACUGCUGCUGGUGGCGCUCGCCCUGCUCCUCCUGCGCCCCCGGAAGCGCGCCGUCGGAGCGCGGACCUCGGUCCGGGACCAUGAGGAGCAGGAGGUGGUGAGCAAAGGCCCCACGGUUCAGUUCAGCGACCGGCGCGAACCGCUCCCCGGGGGCUGCAGCCUCAUUUGCAAGCCCUCGGCGCUGGCCCAGUGCCUGCUGCGCGCCCUGCGACGCUCGUCGGCGCUGGAACCCGCCCCGAGCUCUUGGCUGUCUGGGCCCCACCUGCAGACCUUCUGUCACUUCAUCCUGCCUGUCGGGCCCGGCCCUGAGCUAGCACGUGAGUACCUGCAGCUGGCAGAUGAUGGGCUGGUGGCCCUGGACUGGGUCAUAGGACCUUGUGCCAGGGGCCGCCGGGUCACUAAUGCUGGAGGCCUCCCGCCGGUGCUGCUGGUAAUCCCCAAUGCGUGGGGACGCCUCACCCGCAAUGUGCUGGGGCUCUGCCUGCUCGCCCUGGAGCGCGGCUACUAUCCCGUCAUCUUCCACCGCCGCGGCCACCACGGCUGCCCACUGGUCAGCCCCCGACUACAGCCUUUCGGGGACCCGUCCGACCUCAAGGAGGCAGUGACUUACAUUCGCUUCCGACACCCGGCGGCACCCCUGUUUGCGGUGAGCGAGGGCUCGGGGUCCGCGCUGCUGCUGUCCUACCUGGGGGAGUGCGGCUCCUCCAGCUAUGUGACCGGCGCCGCCUGCAUCUCGCCUGUGCUCCGCUGUCGCGAGUGGUUCGAGGCUGGCCUGCCUUGGCCCUAUGAGCGUGGGUUCCUGCUGCACCAGAAAAUCGCUCUCAGCAGGUAUGCCUCUGCCCUGGAGGACACCGUAGACACCAGCAAGCUGUUCCGGAGUAGCUCCCUGCGAGAGUUUGAAGAGACCCUGUUCUGCCACACCAAGAGUUUCCCCAUCAGCUGGGAUACCUACUGGGACCUGAAUGACCCACUCCGGGACGUGGAUGAGGCUGCUGUACCUGUGCUGUGUAUCUGCAGUGCUGACGACCCGGUGUGUGGACCCCCGGACCACACUCUGCCGGCUGAACUCUUCCAAAGCAACCCUUACUUCUUCCUGCUGCUCAGUAGCCAUGGAGGCCACUGUGGCUUCCUGCGCCCUGAGCCCUUGCCAGCAUGGAGCCACGAGGUCAUCUUGGAGUCCUUCAAGGCCCUGACUGAGUUCUUCCGAAUGGAAGAGAGAAUGAAAGGACUGAGCAGGCGCAGGACUUCAUUUUUAGGGGGCCGGCGUCGUUGGGGAGGCCUGCAGAAACGAGAGGUCUCCCCCUCUUCCAAUCUGGAGGAGAUCUUCAGCUGGAAGCGUUCUUACACCAGAUGAGACUGGCCUGGGGAAGCUCCUGCACCUUCAAGAAAGAACCCAACAAGGUGUCCCAGCGGCUGGAAGCCUGAGGAC